CAUGAGAACUUCCCUAAGGCCACUAGAAGGUGUUGCAGUCAGCACUUGUACAUGAACUGCAAGAAUGGUGGUUGGAGUGGAGAAUUGUUCCACAAACUAUUCUGGAUAGCUGCUAAUGCUUACAACCCUUAUGUUUACAACAAGGCCAUGGAGAAGAUCACUGACUUUGAUCCCAGGGCUACACAGUACUUGGAUACAUGUACUGAGCAGUGGUCCAGACAUCAGUUUGAGCCAGAAGUGUGUUGUGAUCAUAACACAACAAACUUUGUGGAAUCAUUCAAUGCUGUCACCAAGCCCUACAGGGAUUUACCAGUGUUGAGACUGUUUGAAGCUAUUAGGGAGUGGUCUAUGUAGAGAAUUGGGGUCAGAUUUGACAAAGCAGCAGACAUGGAGCCUCAAGACUUAACUGACCAUGCCAAAGUUGAACUGGAGUUGAGAACAGCUGAAUCCAGGUUUUGCUACUCUACUCCAUGUGGUGGUGGGGAGUAUGAGGUGAGGGAAGGCCAUGUGAAAUUUCCAGUCAAGAUUGACAGCAGAACCUGUGGGUGUGGAGUUUGGCAGGUGUCUGGUAUUCCCUGCAAACAUGGUUUGAGGGUCAUUUACAACCAGAGACUAGACCCUCUGGACUUUGUGUCCCAUUUCUUCAAGGGUGCUGCUUAUAAGCUGGCAUAUGCAGAACAUAUGCACCCUAUGCCUGACCCUACUCAGUGGCCUGAGUUCAACCUUCCCACCAUUAACCCUCCUGGAAUUAAGAGGACUGCUGGAAGACCCCCUAAACAAAGAAAGAGGGGUUCCAUGGAAGCUAAGAAGAGGAAGAGACACACUUCAGUAAAGUGUAGCAAAUGCAAGAAGAUGGGCCACAAUGCAAGGACUUGCAAGUCUGACACUGGCAGUUCCAAGGCACCACCAAAACAGAGGGUUUCAACAAGGAAGAGGAAAACUGGUGAUGAUGGAGCAAGCACAUCUAAGGCAGCACCAAAAUGGAAGAAAUCAAAGCAAGCAUGAGGUGGGGAAUGUUUUAAGAGCACAUUGGGUUUUUUGGGUAGUUUUUGAUCUUGCACAUAUUCAUUAAGUAGAAAACAGAUGUAGUUAGUGCAAAGAUGUGUUGUAAGUGAAGCUAAAAAACAGAUAUGCUUCCCAUUUUGGUAUUUUGUGGAAUUUAUGC